UCGGUACGCAAACGCAGACGGGAGCUUGACCCGGAGGAGAAGUACGUCGGCCAUUUUGGGCUGAAAGGGGCUUUCAGUCACCACGUGAGAGAGGAGAGAGCCCGAAAAGAGAGAGAGCAAGAGAGAGCGAGAAGCCUCAGAGAACAAGGGGAGAACGGGAGCGAGAGAGAAGGAAAGAGAUUUAUUUAUACAGGCCUUCUUCACAUGUGCUGAGCACCGGGAAACAAGGAACGAUGCCGACAGUCACACUGCCGCCGAAGGAGAACGCUCUCUUUAAGAGGAUUCUGAGAUGUUAUGAACACAAGCAGUACAGAAAUGGCCUGAAGUUCUGUAAACAGAUCCUUUCUAACCCCAAGUUUGCUGAGCAUGGAGAGACUCUAGCAAUGAAGGGUUUAACCUUGAACUGCCUGGGCAAGAAGGAGGAAGCAUAUGAGUUGGUAAGACGAGGCCUGCGCAAUGAUCUCAAGAGUCACGUAUGUUGGCAUGUCUACGGCCUACUGCAAAGGUCAGACAAGAAGUAUGAUGAAGCUAUCAAAUGUUACAGAAAUGCACUGAAAUGGGACAAAGACAAUCUCCAGAUUCUGAGGGACCUCUCCCUGCUGCAGAUUCAGAUGAGGGACCUUGAGGGUUACAGGGAAACCAGGUACCAGCUGCUUCAGCUGCGGCCGGCACAGAGAGCCUCGUGGAUUGGCUAUGCAAUAGCAUAUCACCUUUUGGAAGACUAUGAAAUGGCUGCAAAGAUUUUAGAAGAAUUCAGAAAAACGCAACAGACGUCUCCUGAUAAAGUGGAUUAUGAGUACAGUGAGCUGCUGCUAUAUCAAAACCAAGUUCUUCGAGAAGCCGGCCUUUACAAAGAAGCUCUCGAGCACCUCACCACUUAUGAGAAACAGAUCUGUGACAAGCUGGCGGUGGAGGAGACAAAAGGGAUCCUACUGUUGAAACUGGACAGAUUGGAGGAGGCAGCAGACGUAUACCGCAGGCUACAGGAGCGCAACCCAGAGAACUGGUCCUACUACCAUGGCCUAGAGAAGGCCCUUAAACCUGCAAGUGUAGAAGAAAAGCAGAAAAUCUAUGAAGAGGCCUGGGUUAAAUAUCCUAAAGGCUUGGUGCCUAGGAGACUGCCUUUAAACUUUUUAUCGGGUGAAAAAUUUAGGGAAUGCUUGGAUAAAUAUUUAAGAAUGAAUUUCAGCAAAGGCUGUCCUCCAGUUUUUACGACGUUGAAGUCUCUAUACCACGACAAAGAAAAGGUAUCAAUAAUAGAAGAACUGGUAGUUGGUUAUGAAACAACUUUAAAUAGCUGCCGAAUGUUCAAUCAAAAUGAUGACGGUAAAGAAGAGCCCCCUACUACUUUGCUGUGGGUGCAGUACUUCCUAGCCCAGCAUUAUGAUCAGAUUGGCGAGCAGGCCCUGGCAUUAGAGUAUAUUAAUGCUGCUAUUGAAAGUACACCAACUCUCAUAGAGCUCUUCCUUAUCAAAGCCAAAAUAUACAAGCACGCUGGCAAUAUCAAGGAAGCAGCGCGGUGGAUGGAUGAGGCCCAGGCAUUGGACACCGCGGACAGGUUUAUCAACUCCAAGUGCGCCAAGUACAUGCUGAAGGCCAACAUGGUGAAGGAAGCUGAGGAGAUGUGCUGCAAGUUUACAAGGGAAGGCGCCUCAGCAGUGGAGAAUCUCAACGAGAUGCAGUGCAUGUGGUUCCAGACAGAAUGUGCGCUGGCCUACAAGUCCAUGAACAAAUACGGGGAAGCUCUGAAGAAGUGCCAUGAGAUUGAAAGGCAUUUUGUGGAGAUCACAGAUGACCAGUUUGACUUCCACACGUACUGCAUGAGGAAGAUGACGCUGCGGUCGUAUGUCGAUCUGCUCAAGCUGGAGGAUGUGCUGCGUAUGCACCCGUUCUACUUCAAAGCGGCCAAAACGGCCAUUGAAAUUUACCUCACCCUCCAUGACAACCCCCUGACUGAUGAGAACAAGGAGCUGGAGGCCGAUACGGCCAACCUGUCGGAUAAAGAGCUGAAGAAACUGAGGAACAAGCAGCGGCGAGCGCAGAAGAAGGCUCAGCUGGAGGAGGAGAAGAAGAACGCAGAGAAGGAGAAGCAGCUGAAGAACCAGAAGAAGAAGAAGGAAGAUGAUGACGAGGAGAUCGGGGGACCCAAGGAAGAGCUCAUACCCGAGAAACUGGCCAAGGUAGAAAAUCCACUGGAAGAAGCGGUUAAAUUCUUGACUCCUUUGAAGAACUUAGUGAAGAAUAAAAUAGAAACUCACCUUCUGGCAUUUGAGAUAUAUUUCAGAAAAGAGAAGUUCUUGCUUAUGCUGCAGUCAGUAAAGAGGGCAUUUGCUAUUGAUCCUGAUCAUCCCUGGCUCCACCAGUGUUUAGUUCGCUUUUUUAAAGCAGUGUUGGAGAGCAAAGACUUGGCGGAGGCAGUGCGCACAGUCCUGAAGCAGGAGAUCAAGAGGCUAUUCGGAGACACCAAUGCGAAGAGUUUUAACGAAGCUCUCCUCAGCAAGCACUCCAACUCAAUCCCACACAGAGUAGCAGCUGCCAAGAUGAUGUACUAUCUGGACUCUUCCACUGGGAAGAAGGCUGUAGAACUUGCCACUGCUCUGGAUGAGUCCCUGAACAAUAGGACCAUUCAGAUCUGCACAGAGGUGUUGGAAAGCCUGCGCAACGGCAGCCUGGGAGACGGCAAGGAAAUAGCCGAGACCUACAGAGCAGACUGUCACAAGAUCUUUCCCUACACGCUGGCGUUCAUGCCCCCGGGCUACGAGGAGAACAUGAAGGUCACGGUGAACGGAGACGUCUCGGCCGAGCCCGAGGAACUGGCCAAUGACAUGUGAGACUGAGAUAGGGACUCGAGGGAGCCCAGCCACCAUUUCUGAGCACCACAGCCAAGGUUUUUGUCAUGCACCUGCAGUACUGCGUCAAAGUUUCUAUUCAGAUAAGGACUAAAACGGCAAUUGUAUCGGGAGGGGGGGGGGAGAAGAGAAAAAAAAUGGCCAUUUUACAUUUUUUUAAUCUUGCUGAUGACUACUUCUAAGCGAAAAUAAAAUGAAUCUCUGGAGACGAAAAGGAAUGGGUGAUUCUAUGAGGUGUUAGCAGUCCUGUUGUCUGCCGCAUCCUAACGUCUGCUUCCCGUGUUUUUAAAAAUAAUUUAUAAAAAAAACUAGAAAAAAUUAUAGAGGCUGUUACAAAUAACAGGGUAGGUGCGUGCCAAAAACACUCAAAGCUAAAUUGAAAAGGCGAUCACUGUUUUAUCUUGGAAAGCAGUUAAUGCUGUUUAGCACUGGAUUCUGAGCACAACCAGUAAAGGAACGGCAGGGCUUUGGUUAGGUGAAUUGACAAGCUGUGCUGCUGGAGCUACACAGAUGGCUGAGAAGGAAGCUAAGAAGACUUUACCACAUUUCCGGAGGAAGAAGGUUACUUGGAGUACAGUAUGAGUGGCAAAUGCAUCGGUUCACCUUCUGUAGGGCUAAAAAGCAAAGUUGGUGGUGUAUGAUAAAGCUGCAUCUUUUGAACAAUUUCAGUAUCGCAGUAUAUUACGGUUUCCUUUUCUCUGUUUGUCGGACUCAAAAGAGACGGAAUUUUAUUGAAUAUUAUAGUCAUCAGCAGAUAUCUUAGUUUAAAAAAAAGCAGGCAUUUGUCAACCAUACUGAAUUCUUUGCAAACUCCUGCCCCGCACACAGAAUGUCACAGUGAAUAAGUGGCGUGAAAUAAAAGAACUGCUCAGGAGGAGAACUGUUCCUUUUUCUUGAUCAUUUUUCAUGUCAAAAAAAGAAUCGGCAGUCAGGUUCCUCUGCAGGCUGUCCUAACCGUAUGUAUGCAGAUGCCUAAUCUGCAUAUUAAUAUAAUGAUACCUCUGGAUCUUUUCCACAGUAAGGUUUUUUGUAAUACUUGAAGCCCUGUCUUUCUAAAAGAGAAUAUUUCUCGCUCACCAAUUUCAGACAAGCCCCAGACUUUGUACCUUUUCAGAAUGGGGGCCAAUUAUUUUUUUUUCCAGAACCAGAUCUGCUUCUUCUUUAUUUCAGUUGUAAAGUUAAUACCCUUGUUGUCAAACACAUAAGAGGUACCAAAUAUACAAUGCAAUAAACUGUUUUGAAAAAGUA